AUGACUGAUAAUCAAGAUAUUGAAGACUCUAAAGUCUACAUUAGUUAUAACCAUGUCCAUCAAUUGAUUCAAGAAGCUGCUCCAAGAUUAAAAAACUUCAACCCAGACUUAAUCAUUUGUGUUGCUGGUGGUGGUUUAAUUCCAGCUAGACAAGUUCGUACUUUCUUGAAGGAGCCAGGCUCACCAAAUGUUCGUAUUAUGGCUGUUGUUUUAUCCUUGUAUGAAGACAUAGGGUCAGUUUCAACUCAAGCUGAAAAACUAGGUAAACAAGUUGUUCGUACACAAUGGUUGGAUUAUAUCAACACUGACUUCACUCUUUUGGGUAAAAACAUUCUAAUUGUUGAUGAAGUUGAUGACACUAGAACCACUUUAAAUUAUGCUGUCACUGAAUUGAAGAAAGAUGUUGAAGAACAAGCAAAGGCAAAAGGUAUUGAUGUUAAAGAUGCUGGAACCAACUUUGGUAUUUUUGUUUUACAUAAUAAACUAAAACCAAAGAAGGCUGAUUUACCACCUGAAGUUUACAAUGAAAAGAACUAUAUUGCUGCCAGAGAUAUUGAAGAUGUGUGGAUUGCUUACCCAUGGGAAUCUAAUGACAUUGUUUAUCACACCAAAAGGGCUGUUGAACAAGGAAAUGAUGUUUUUUUACCAUGA